CACACUAUUAGGGUUUAUGCUCUGAUGCCUUCUUUCCCACUUUUUUUCCUUAGGGGUUAGGGUUAGGGUUAGGGUUUUGGAUUUCUCAUCCUCGAUCUUCUGCAUAUCUACAUCUUCGCUGCUUUGACCUCUUUUGGAAACAAUGAUGUACGGUGAUCCUCAACAGCAGAUGCAGCAGCAGCAGCAGCAGCAGCAGAUGCAUCAGCAACAGCAGAUGCAUCAGCAACAGCAGAUGCACCAGCAACAGCAGAUGCAGCAGCAGCAGCAAGGCGGAGACUUUCACAGGGGCCCACUGCCCCCACCACCGUCUCAACCACAACCACCGCAAUCGCAACUGCCACCUCCUCCGCCGAUGAUGCGCCAGCCCUCGGCUUCAUCCACCAAUCUCGCCCCCGAGUAUCACCAUCCAUCCGCUCCUCCUUAUGACGCUCAUGCCGAUAGUUUUGCUGCAAAAAGAAUGAGAAAGCUGGCCCAAAGAAGAGCAGUUGAUUAUACUAGCACUGUUGUACGAUACAUGCAGGUUCGCAUGUGGCAACGAGAUUCAAGGGACAGGACAGUAUUGCAACCUACCCCAGCUGCAGCAAUUGAUUUGUUGCCAGCAGUUGCUUAUUCAGAUAAUCCAUCCACAAGUUUUGCUGCAAAGUUUGUUCAUACAUCUUUAAACAAAAAUCGUUGUUCAAUUAAUCGAGUUCUGUGGACUCCUACUGGGAGACGUCUUAUCACAGGCUCACAAAGUGGGGAAUUUACUCUUUGGAACGGACAGUCAUUUAAUUUUGAAAUGAUUCUUCAGGCUCAUGAUCAAGCAAUCAGGUCUAUGGUAUGGAGUCAUAAUGAGAACUGGAUGGUCACUGGUGAUGAUGGGGGCUCAAUAAAGUAUUGGCAAAACAACAUGAAUAAUGUAAAGGCGAAUAAAUCUGCUCAUAAAGAAUCAGUUCGUGACUUAAGCUUCUGUCGGACAGAUUUAAAGUUCUGUUCCUGCUCUGAUGAUACUACUGUUAAAGUUUGGGACUUUGCUCGGUGCCAGGAGGACCGUUCACUAUCUGGCCAUGGUUGGGAUGUGAAGAGUGUUGAUUGGCACCCUACAAAGUCCUUGCUAGUUUCAGGUGGGAAAGACAACCUCGUGAAACUUUGGGAUGCCAAAACAGGAAGAGAGCUUUGUUCAUUUCAUGGCCAUAAAAACACUGUGCUCUGUGUCAAAUGGAAUCAAAAUGGUAACUGGGUGCUAACUGCUUCAAAAGAUCAAAUCAUCAAGCUUUAUGACAUAAGGGCUAUGAAGGAGCUUGAAUCCUUCCGUGGGCAUCGGAAGGAUGUGACUGCAUUGGCUUGGCAUCCAUUUCAUGAAGACUAUUUUGUAAGUGGAAGUUUUGAUGGAUCCAUUUUCCAUUGGCUAGUCGGGCAUGAAACCCCCCAGGUUGAAAUUCCUGGUGCCCACGAUAAUAGUGUUUGGGACCUUGCCUGGCAUCCUAUAGGGUAUAUUCUUUGCAGUGGAAGCAAUGAUCAUACAACGAAAUUUUGGUGUAGAAAUAGGCCAGGAGAUACCGUUCGUGAUAAAUUCAACAUGGGGCACAACCAAGGUUAUGGUGAGCAAAACCCUGCACUUGGUGGUCGCAUGCCUGGUAAUUUCCAGGUACCUGAAACCCCAACAACUCCGGGUCCAUUUGCAGCUGGAUUGACCCGAAACGAGGGAACCAUUCCAGGUGUUGGAGUUGCAAUGCCAUUAACUAUCCCAUCUCUUGAUACAUCAGCUCAAGGAGAGCAGAAGCAGCCUCUUCCUGUUUCAAUUCCUUUAGGGGCACCUCCUCUUCCGCCUGGUCCUCACCCAUCCCUUCUUGCGGCCAACCAGCAGCAGGCAUAUCAACAAAAUCCUCCUCAAAUGCCACAACACCACCAGGCACUCCCACAGCAAAUGCCUCCUUUGCCUCUGCAGCCACCAAAUAUGUCACAGCUACAGCCUCCUUCCCAUUUACCCCUGCUACCACAUCCUCACUUACCUCGCCCUCCUCCCCAGUUGCCCCCAAUGGGUAUGCCUUCAAAUAUUCCGUCUUCUAUGCCAGGAUCCUUGCCCAUGCCUUCAAUGCCCACAUCACUUCCACUGCAGAUGCCUGCUCCAAUGGGGAUGCAAGGUGCAAUGAAUCAGAUGGGUCCCCCAAUGCCACAAGGCCAUUUUAUGGGCAUGAAUCCAAUGCAUGCAGGAUCCUUACCCACUGGUGGUGUACCUCCUCCCAUUGGAAGUUUCCAGGGUGGGGCUCAAAUGUAUGCACCAGGUGGUUCAUUCAACCGAGCUCCAGCUGGACAAAUGCCAAUGAUGCCCGGGCUGAAUCCCUACCAGUCCGGGAAUCCGAAUCCAAGCGGAAGCGGCAUGGGAACACUGCCAUCAAAUAUGGGUCAUCCAUCUGGUAUGGCUCCGCCGCCACCACCACCGGGUCCGCCGCCGCAUGGCCAACCAACACAAUAGGACCAUUCAUGUGGGCAAUGCGGCAGUCAGCUGGGACAGAAGGGAAACCAAGAGUUGCUCUCUCUCUCUUUUUUCACUCUCACCCAUUUUCCAUGGCA